CACAUUUAAAUGUUACACUUGUUUUAACGCCGCAGUCUCUGGGCAUGCGUUAAACAUUACGCAUGCUUACUUUCGUUUUCAUUGAUAUUUUGCAAUAAUCUUUAAUACCAUGGGUGGCCAUUAUUGUUGUUAUUAACGACCCAAGACGCACCACACGUAAAAAAAUGUGCUAUGAAUAAUCCUGACACGGACGAAAUUGUCAAUUACCUGUCAACCAAGUUCAAUAAAAUAUUCUGUGAUCGCGACUUCGUAUGUUGUGUAGUUGAGGAUUUCAAGUCAAUUUUGAACAACAACAAAUGUUGUGUUCUCGUCUUCCCCGUUCUAGGACCAAUCUAUCAGAAGGCGGUUCGCUAUCAGGCGCGGAUUUUUGAUCUGGCCGUUUUCGGACUCAGCUCCGGCAAAUUCAAGUCCAUUGCGGUAUGUCAGAAGCAAUACAUUUUGAAGAAAGCAAUGGAAGAUAAGGAAGCUAUGGCCGAACCGUGCAGCUCCAGCUUGAGGAAGAAGAGACCGGAAAGACAACUGUAUGUGCCUCCAGCACAAAGACACUCCCGACUAUCGAAGGAGGAGUCGCCACCUAAAAGUUCAAAAAAAUGUGAAGUUAAAGUACAAAUACACAGUGACAGAAGCGCCCACAGGAAAACACAAAGUGAGGUGCAACCCCCGGUGAUUUUGGAGAAUAUUAUUCCGCUUGGCCAUUUGUUGCACCUGCACAACACCACAAUUUUAUUCCCCACUUGGAAGUAUUCAUGUGACAAAUUUUACUUGGACCAUGAUUGUGCUUUUUAUAACUACCGCCUGUUUGGGGACAAGAGGCAGGCCUUCUGGACUAUUCCUAUUUAUUACCCCCCCUGUUGUACGGGGGAUUUACUGCAAGUUUUGAGUCGUGACACCUUCCUGUGGCAACCCAAAAUCCAAUUGCAGAACCCAAAAAACAUUCAAUGUGCCAAUACUAUGACGUAUCCAAUUUACAACUUAAGCCCACAAAAUGAUUUGGAAUGUGAUAAUGGAAAAAAGUCAAUUUUGUUCACACAUUUCGAAGCCAACAGCAUAAAUUUGGAGGAGGACAAGUGCAGUGCAUUCAAAGUGUCGUGCCCCAAUGUGACAAGUGACAGAAUUAUCGACCUAUCUGUGUUUAAUUUGCCUCACUGUUUUCUAAUCAAAGAUGCAAGUGACACAGAAUACUGUUUUUUGUGCGAGGACCACCACAACAUUGACACAUGUUACACCACCAAGAAACUAUCGCUGUUGGAAAUGAACGAACCCAAACAAAACGGUGACACACCAAAAUCAAACUACCACCAAUCCCAACACGUUUUAGAAAUAAGCAAAACCAAAACGACUGAUAUUAUAAGGAACUCAAUAAACACCAACAAGGAGAAAAUCUCGCCGGAAAAAAAGAUACCGAAAGUCUUAAACAAGAAACAGGAACAUGACCAGGAAAAGGAGAUCAUGAGGAAGACGAAAGAGAACAUAAACAGAAAGAGCAAGCCGAUCAUGAAGUACGUGGAUGACAACAAUGACACGCUUAAAAUAGGCAAAACUGACAACGUGAACAACUGGGAGGACUUGUUUGAUGAUGAAGGUCAACUUCAAGAUGAAUUAUUUACUGAAAUAUCACAAAAGGUCGGCAAUAACGUGACGAUCCUGAAAGCCACAGAAGAUUAUACGGCGUACACAACGAAACCGAUUGAAGAAUUCGAACAUGUUGUAGAACUGUACGAUUUCCCGUCCACAAUCGAAACACACGACAUCAUACAAAUGUUCAGUGUUAUAAACAGUGAUGCUAUGUACAUCAAAUGGGUCGAUGACACACACGCACUAUUAGUAUUAGGCUCAUUGAGUCAAGCUCAAAAAGCCAUCCAACUGGACAACCCGUUGAUAAAAGCCAGGCCUAUGUCGGCGGCCAGUGGCAUCUCGUUGGCUGUGGCCUACAAAUCCGACUUGAAACCAGCGAUGAAACGUCCCCAAACCAACCUGCAAACGGCCCGCAGACUAAUAACGUCACAUUUGGGUGCUAAAACGAAAAUAUCCAAGGAGCAGAACGCGAAGGAAAGGGAAGAUUUGAAGGCAGCCAGAGAAAUGAAGAGACUGGCCCGUCAGAACGAGAGAGACGCCUGGGAUGGGUUUUGCAAGACGUCACAUUAACACGAUUUCCUCUCCAUGAAUUAUAGUAUAAGUAACGUGCCUUACGCUCAUUGUCAUUCGCAAACGAUUGAGGCGUCCGCUGCGAUGAUGAGAUUUAGUUUUUACUAUUGCAGUGGAUGCAUCAAUUGUGACAAUUUUAUUUAAUUAGUUACCAGUGCAUAUUUUGCAUAUCAUUAUUUUAGAAAAGUCUAUGUAUACCUUUAAUAUUUAUUAUAUUUAAUAUUGUUUAAAUCAGGGUCUAAGAGCUGAACUGUUGCGUAGAUUAAUUAAUUGCAUGUUCAUCAAAUAUAUAAAUGUAUAUGUAGUUCUCUGACCCUGCAUUUUACUUUUUAUAAUUUGUGAUAUUAAUUUUUUAUAAGAAUAAAUUAAAUAUACAAAAAUAUUUUAUUUACAACGUAUACAAAGCUCAGAUUAACUCGUGUAAUUAUGUGUAAAAUAUAUGUAUUUUAUUGUAUAA